AUGUUAGCCGCCGCCGUGGCGACCCGCGCUGUCCCGCACAUCCACCUCCUCUGCAUGGACGGGCGCUUCAGCGAUGCCUUUACCACGGCUCUUGCGACGUACAAGGGGAGCCUGCCGUCAUCCGUCUCCGUCGAGAUCCACAACAUGGCACUACAGUUUCUCCCUCCGUCGGCGAAGUUUGACCUCGUCGUGUCCCCUGCAAACUCGUACGGUCGGCUAGACGGCAGCUUCGAUGACGCCAUCUCACGCGCCUUUUCGCCCGGAGACGACUACAACGCGCUGACCUACGCUGCUCAAGCCGAGCUGUACAAGGAGUGGCGCGGUUUCGCGCCCCCUGGGACCUGUACGCUUGUCCGGAUCCCCGAACGCUUCAAAGAGCGGUCCAAGAACGUCUGGGGCACCCGCUAUCUCGCUCUCUGUCCUACAAUGCGCACGCCGCAAGAGGUGGUCUGGGACCGCGAGGUCAUCUACGAGUGCGUCUGGAGUCUCCUCUGUGCCAUCGAUAGGCACAACCGCGCGCUUGGCCAAAGCGGCGUGAGCGCCGACGACGCAGGGAUCCGCAGCAUCCUAAUCACUCCCAUGGCCACAGGUGUCGGUCGCGUGAGUGCAGAGAGGUGGGCGCAUCAGUUUAUCCUCGCCAUCAGGCAUUUCGUCGAUGCCGUUGAGAACCCGGCCAAGUGGAGCGCUCUGACGUGGGACGAUAUCGAGGAAUACGCGGAUGCCUUGGUAGAUUCGAGGACCAUGUAG